AUGCCAGUAGAGCUUUUCCAAUCGCCCAUUGCUAUUUCGCCUCCUCCUGGAGCUUUUCCCACGAGACAGCAUCCUCAGCCACCCAUCAAUUCAGAUGUGCAAACUCCACUUCAAACGAACAACACGUUCAACAAUCUCUUACUAGCUGACCAAACAUUCCCCGCAUGGCCACUUCCGUAUCUGCUUUGGAUCACUAAAGACGGAGAAUCCGACUGGGGCUUGGCUUUCAACCACACCGAAAAAAGCCAGUUUGUUUUUGGUCCUGAUCCAUCGCAAAACCCUGUCCAGUUCUACUUCAACCCACCCAAGAUCAAGCUGUUCGCUUAUUCGGGCAAGGGCUGGCGAAACGUCUCUGUCCGUACAAUUGAAAAUGGCAAACUUUACCACACGUUACAUUUAUCCGGCGGUGGGUCUGGCACAAUCACAGUUCCAAUGUCUUAUGGUAUGGGCUUUGUCACUGCCAUCUACGAAAACGAGAUUCCUGUCCUUCAUUCGGCCGUGGGCGUUCAAGAGUUUCGGCCAGCAGGCUUAGUCAACAACAAUCGCACGGCGAAGUAUGUUGCUCGAUUAUUUGACCAGAGAAUAUGGUCAAUUUACGUCAGCGAAGAUCCUGGAAACCAACUUGUAUUGGUUGACCCCAAUCACAUUGAGACAUCUAACCCGUCAGCAAAGAUGGUGAUUCAGAUUUGUAAAGGCGAAAGCACCACUUAUGACCAGGCCUGUGGUACUUUUCCUACUGAAGCCACACUUGUGGGCAAUGUCGACCCUUCCAGCAAUGUUGGGAAGUAUUCUUUCUCCUACAAGAUGAGCGGCGUAUCAUCUUCCGGGGCUGGAAUUGUAUGGUGUCUUCCUCAUCAACAGGAGACCCUCAGUUCUGAAACAAAGAGAGCAGAGACUGGCUUGCUACUUGACUCUCCCACAAAAGGGGUUAUGAAAGCGUAUCUUUGUAAUACUCUCAGUAUGGAAGUUCCGAAUUUGCCUACCGAUAUUGGUUUUCAGCCGUGGACAUCUGUCUCGGGGUUUGGGAAGCCUAACUAUUCGCAAUCAGCACUUGGGUUGAUUAGACAGGCAGCCGAAAAAGAAGUGCAGCAAGAUGUUCUUGCUUCGUGUGAUGUUGAUUCCAUGUACUUUGGCGGGAAACAACUAGACAAGUAUGCAUAUCUUGCAUAUGUCACCCACUUUGUCUUACGGGACUCUGGCCUCACACAAUCGGUUUUGCCCAAAAUUAAACAGGCAAUCGAAAAAUAUGCUAGUAAUCAUCAGCAGUUUCCUUUGUGCUACGAUGCCAGCUGGAAGGGGCUCAUUUCCACCGCUAAACCAGAUCAAGAUUUUGGUAACUCGAAUUAUAACGAUCACCACUUUCACUAUGGAUAUCACGUCCAUGCGAUUGCUUUAGUUGCAAGCAUUGAUCCAAACUGGCUACAUGAAAAUGGCGAUCUUGUGUUGAAUUAUGCACUCACUUUGAUUCGAGACUAUGCAAACCCUUCAGCAAAAGAUCCCUACUUUCCUCAAUCGAGGAACUUUGAUUGGUUCCAUGGUCAUUCUUUUGCGCAUGGAAUCUUCCCAAGCGGAGACGGGAAAAACGAAGAAUCCUCGUCGGAAGAUUACCAUUCUAUCUACGGCAUCAAGCUUUUUGGAAAAGUGAUUGGCGACUCGGCCAUGGAACAUGGUGCUAAUUUGAUGUUGGGUAUCAUGAGGAAGUCAUUGAACAUGUACAUGUUGUAUUCCAGUGAUAACACCACACAACCGUCCAAUUUCGCUGCUAACAAGGUUUCUGGAAUUCUUUUCGAAAACAAAAUCGAUUUCGCCACUUUCUUUGGAAGAGGAACUGUGGGCGACGAAUUUAUCCACGGUAUACAUAUGAUUCCAAUAACCCCAAUCUCCUCGUACAUUCGAGGAGCACGAUUCGUGAAAGAAGAAUGGGACCAGAAACUCUGCACAAUUGUGGACCGUAUUCCAGAUGGGUGGCGGGGUAUAUUGAUGUUAAAUUAUGGCUUGUUUGAUCCACGGGCAGCGUGGCAGUUUUUCUCUGCUCCCAACUGGGACGAUCGUUUCUUGGAUGGCGGAAUGUCUCGCACAUGGUCUUUGGCCUACCUUGCUGGCAUUGGAGGCUCUACGUAA